CUGCGUCGUGCGUAGCGGGGCGGGGAGCCGCGGCAGCUGCCUGUCAGUCGGCGCUGGGAGCCGGACGCACCGGGUCAAGAUGGCGGGACGGACUAUGCAAGCCGCAAGAUGUCCCACAGAUGAACUGUCCUUAACUAACUGUGCUGUGGUGAAUGAGAAGGACUUCCAGUCUGGCCAACAUGUAAUCGUGAGGACUUCUCCAAACCACAGAUACGUGUUCACACUGAGAACUCAUUCAUCUGUUGUUCCAGGGAGCAUUGCAUUCAGCUUGCCUCAGCGAAAAUGGGCUGGACUCUCCAUUGGACAAGAUAUAGAUGUAUCCCCAUACACCUUUGACAAGGUCAAGCACUGCAUUGGCACAAUGACAAUUGAGAUAGACUUUCUGCAGAAGAAGAGUAUUGACUCUAAUCCAUAUGACUCGGACAAGAUGGCAGCUGAGUUUAUCCAACAGUUCAACAACCAGGCAUUCUCAGUAGGACAACAGCUCGUGUUCAAUUUUAACGAUAAGCUUUUUAGCCUUUUAGUAAAGGAUAUCGAAGCCAUGGAUCCCAGCAUCCUGAAAGGCGAGCCCAGCACAGGCAAAAAACAGAAGAUUGAAGUGGGUCUGGUUAUUGGGAACAGUCAAGUCGCAUUUGAAAAGGCUGAAAACUCCUCUCUCAAUCUGAUUGGUAAAUCCAAGACCAAGGAGAACCGCCAGUCAAUUAUCAAUCCUGACUGGAAUUUUGAGAAGAUGGGGAUAGGAGGCCUUGACAAAGAGUUUUCAGACAUCUUCCGAAGAGCAUUUGCUUCUCGCGUUUUUCCACCUGAGAUAGUGGAGCAGAUGGGUUGCAAGCAUGUGAAAGGUAUCCUGUUAUAUGGACCGCCAGGCUGUGGUAAAACACUUAUGGCAAGACAGAUUGGCAAGAUGCUGAAUGCCAGAGAACCAAAAGUGGUUAAUGGUCCAGAAAUCCUUAACAAAUAUGUAGGCGAGUCAGAGGCCAACAUCCGCAAGCUCUUCGCUGAUGCAGAAGAGGAACAAAGGAGGCUUGGGGCAAACAGCGGUCUGCACAUCAUAAUCUUUGAUGAGAUUGAUGCCAUCUGCAAGCAGAGAGGGAGCAUGGCAGGCAGCACUGGAGUUCAUGAUACUGUUGUUAACCAGCUCUUGUCUAAAAUUGAUGGCGUGGAGCAGCUGAAUAACAUCUUGGUCAUUGGAAUGACUAACCGACCAGACCUGAUUGAUGAGGCACUGCUGAGACCUGGGAGAUUGGAAGUGAAAAUGGAGAUUGGUUUACCAGAUGAGAAGGGUCGGACUCAGAUUCUUCAUAUCCAUACCUCAAGAAUGCGGGACCAUCAACUGCUGGCUGUAGAUGUAGAUAUUAAGGAACUGGCUGUAGAGACCAAAAAUUUCAGUGGUGCUGAAUUAGAGGGUCUUGUGCGAGCUGCACAGUCCACUGCUAUGAACAGACACAUAAAGGCCAGCACCAAAGUAGAGGUGGAUAUGGAGAAGGCAGAAUGUCUGCAAGUGACAAGAGGAGACUUCUUGGCCUCUCUAGAGAAUGAUAUCAAGCCAGCAUUUGGAACCAACCAGGAAGAUUAUGCAAGUUAUAUUAUGAAUGGUAUUAUCAAGUGGGGUGACCCUGUAACAAGGGUUUUGGAAGAUGGGGAAUUGCUUGUCCAACAAACCAAAAACAGUGACCGAACUCCAUUGGUUAGCGUUCUUUUGGAAGGUCCCCCACACAGUGGGAAGACUGCCUUAGCAGCAAAGAUUUCAGAAGAAUCCAACUUCCCCUUUAUCAAGAUCUGUUCUCCUGAUAAGAUGAUUGGCUUUUCUGAAACUGCCAAGUGCCAAGCUAUAAAGAAGAUUUUUGAUGAUGCAUACAAAUCCCAGCUCAGCUGUGUGGUGGUAGAUGACAUUGAAAGACUUUUAGAUUAUGUUCCAAUUGGACCACGGUUCUCCAACUUGGUGUUGCAGGCUCUUCUUGUAUUGCUAAAAAAGGUUCCUCCUCACGGUCGUAAACUUCUAAUCAUUGGAACCACCAGCCGCAAAGAUGUCCUGCAGGAAAUGGAGAUGCUGGAUGCUUUCAGCACCACCAUCCAUGUACCUAACAUCGUGACAGGGGAACAACUGAUGGAGGCCUUGGAGCUUCUGGGGAGCUUCAAAGAUAAAGAGCGCAGCACAAUUGCACAGCAAGUCAAAGGGAAGAAAGUCUGGAUUGGCAUCAAGAAGCUGCUAAUGUUGAUCGAGAUGUCACUACAGAUGGAUCCAGAGUACCGUGCAAGAAAAUUUCUGGCACUCCUGAGAGAAGAAGGGGCUAAUCUACUUGGCUGAGUGAAGAUGGACCAUACGCAGAGAUCAGUGGCUGUGGAAGUGACCAAGCAAGAGAAUACACACUGGGAUCUUUGUUCAUCUGUACAACACGCUGGAUAAAGCAAAAUGCUCACCCACCUUCAAAAAACCCACUUGCAGUUUGCAUGUUUAGUGCAAUACAAUGUCCUCUUUUAUUCAGUGUCUUAAAUAUUUUGAUGUCUUGUGGAAGGUUCAGUCUCCUUUUAGAAUUCUGUGCUUUUGUUUCUGUGCAGGCUAGGGUGCAUUCUCGCUCUGGUUUAGCAUGGGAGAAAUGCCCUAUCAGCCCUUUAAGUCUUGAAGCUAAAACUCAUUUAUGUCCAGCAUUACGUUAAUAUCAUAAUGUGAUACUCUUCCUAUAGGAAAAUAAGACCUACUUUUGACCUACUUUGGUAAAGUCUGGGUGUAUUGAAAUGCUAGUUUGUGAUAUCCCCAUUCUGACAGUAAAUGCUUUUCUCUAUAGUUGUCUUGUAUGCUCUAAUGAGAUUGACUAUCAAUCCACAUAGACAAUACCAUAACAUUAAACAGCUGUUUUGGGCAAACAAAGAACUAGGAUUGGCUUUUCUGUGAUGAUUCCUAAAUGCAAGGUACUGUAGUCACACUGCCAUCAAAAGCAAGGCUCAGUGAUAUCCUAGAGGUUACACCCCUUUUCCUCUUGACAUUGUACUUUUGUGGCCCAGUUGGAGAGUCUCUGGCUGCCACCAGUAGUGACUGGAGGAGGCAGUGAUAUGUAUUGAUCAAAGCAGGGGCCCUGCUGUGAGUAGAUGCACAAAUUUAAAAAGAUCCAAUAUUUAUAAAGCUGGAAAGAAUUUUUCUCAGUGUAGAAAACUUUAGAAUCUUAAUGUCAAUUGAGAUUCAAAAUGUUAUUUAAAAUAAUUGUGAUUGCAAUAUUUGUGACUCGCACUGGUAUUAAUUAGUAUAUUCAAAUUCUGCUUUCCUGGUGAGCUGCUAGGGCUGAAAACAGUCAUGCUGUCUUUCUUCCCUUGCAAAGCAGGGUUCCUUACUAAGCUUUGUGUACUCUGCAGGAAAUGUGUUGCCAGUGCAGUCACAAGUUUCCAUUCUUGUACUGAAAUAAAGGAAUGUACCUUGGCUAUAUAGCACCUAGCCAAGAUGAGCCCUGGAUGUGUUUUGCUGAGAACUGAGUGAGAAUGCUCUUCUCUUGUUAAAUUUAGCUCAGCUUAUUUUGUACCGGUGUGUGGAGCAUGCUGCUACAUUUUCUUCACCCUCAGCUGGGUGAGGCAAGCAAUCAAAGCCAUCUGCAGGAACUUAAAGCCAGUGUGACUUCCUAAGCUGCCUAGGCAUGCUGCCAAGAGCUAGCAACUCAAAAACCCAAAGAGGUUCAGAGCACCCUCCUUCUCUGGGAAUGUCCUUUGGCCCCUUGGUUGAAGGCAAACCAUUCUCUAGACCCUGCUGUGUAUUUAGAGUGGAGUCAGAGAACCUGGUUGUGUGUAUUAGCCUCUCUUCUCCUUGAUUUAUUUUCCCUCAGUCAGCGGUGUUAUAUUAUGGUGACUUGUGAGUUCCAGUGGCCAGUAUACCUUCUCCCCCUUGUGUAUGAUCUUGCAACUUUCAUUUGUUCCCUUCUUCCCCCAGCGCUGGUGAAAGCAGCACACAUUAACUUAUGUCUCAGAAUAAAUGAUGUAAAAAUUUUUAUUGUGUUUCUUUUGUCCAAAGCUGUAUUGAGAAGCGUAAAUAUAUGAUUUAAAUGCAAAUGAAUGGAUGCAAUAAAAGGCACAAAUACCUGGAAA